AUGAUUUCACUGAUCUUACUUCCGAAUCAUUCACUGUGGUUUGCCUCUGCUAAUCUCGAAGGUGACGCGCUGCAUACUUUGAGGGUCACUCUAGUUGAUCCGAACAAUGUCUUGCAGAGCUGGGAUCCUACGCUUGUGAAUCCUUGCACAUGGUUCCACGUCACUUGCAACAACGAGAACAGCGUCAUAAGAGUCGAUUUGGGGAAUGCAGAGUUGUCUGGCCAUUUAGUUCCAGAGCUUGGUGUGCUCAAGAAUUUGCAGUAUUUGGAGCUUUACAGUAACAACAUAACUGGCCCGAUUCCUAGUAAUCUUGGAAAUCUGACAAACUUAGUGAGCUUGGAUCUUUACUUAAACCGCUUCACCGGUCCCAUUCCGGAAUCAUUAGGAAAGCUUUCAAAGCUGAGAUUCCUCCGGCUUAACAACAACACUCUCACUGGAUCCAUUCCCAUGUCACUAACCAAUAUUACUACCCUUCAAGUAUUAGAUCUAUCAAAUAACCAACUCUCUGGUUCGGUUCCUGACAAUGGCUCCUUCUCACUCUUCACACCCAUCAGUUUUGCUAAUAACUUAGACCUCUGUGGACCUGUUACAAGUCACCCAUGUCCUGGAUCUCCCCCGUUUUCUCCUCCGCCACCUUUUAUUCCACCUCCACCAGUUUCCACCCCAAGUGGGUAUGGUAUAACUGGAGCAAUAGCUGGUGGAGUUGCCGCAGGUGCUGCUUUGCUGUUUGCUGCUCCUGCAAUAGCCUUUGCUUGGUGGCGUCGAAGAAAGCCACUAGAUAUUUUCUUCGAUGUGCCUGCCGAAGAGGAUCCAGAGGUUCAUCUAGGACAGCUCAAGAGGUUUUCUUUGCGGGAGCUACAAGUGGCGAGCGAUGGGUUUAGUAACAAGAACAUUUUGGGCAGAGGCGGGUUCGGGAAAGUCUACAAGGGACGUUUAGCAGACGGAACUCUAGUUGCUGUCAAGAGACUCAAGGAGGAGCGAACUCCAGGCGGAGAGCUCCAGUUUCAGACAGAAGUGGAGAUGAUCAGUAUGGCCGUUCAUCGAAACCUCUUGAGAUUACGAGGUUUCUGUAUGACACCGACCGAGAGAUUGCUCGUGUAUCCUUACAUGGCCAAUGGAAGCGUCGCCUCAUGCCUCAGAGAAUAUCUCUCGACCGGAAAAUCCUCGGAGAAAACCGACGUUUUCGGUUACGGAAUCAUGCUUCUGGAACUCCUCACAGGACAGAGAGCUUUCGAUCUCGCUCGGCUAGCAAACGACGACGAUGUCAUGUUGCUUGACUGGGUGAAAGGGCUGUUGAAGGAGAAGAAGCUAGAGAUGUUGGUGGAUCCAGAUCUUCAGACGAACUACGAGGAGAGAGAACUGGAGCAGGUGAUCCAAGUGGCGUUGCUUUGCACGCAAGGAUCUCCGAUGGAGAGGCCGAAGAUGUCGGAGGUUGUACGGAUGCUGGAAGGAGAUGGGCUUGCGGAGAGAUGGGACGAAUGGCAAAAAGUUGAGAUUUUGAGGGAAGAGAUUGAUUUGAGUCCCAAUCCUAACUCUGAUUGGAUCGUUGAUUCUACUUACAAUUUGCACGCCGUUGAGUUAUCUGGUCCCAGAUGA